AUGUCCGGAGACGCGCAACCCAACUCGAAUCAACGUGCUACCGCGGCUGCCGACGCGGUCGGCGAUCCGCCGCUCCUUCGGGAGAAGGCGGCCGUCGGCGCUUUGGUCCGUUUCGUGCUCCAGAAUAGAGAAAUACAACCUUCGUGUGCAGUAGCCAAUAUAGAAAUGUAGAACAUCAUGUUUUGAAACUCUAAGAGACAGUUAAUAAGGUUAUUAUUUAAAAAUUCCCGGGAGAGCCGAGCGGAACAUGCGCUUUGGGCUCUAUACUGUAGAUAUUUGUGUGAAAACUUUUCAAAAAACUCUAACUUGAGAAAUUAUUCACGAAAGCCAUCUUUCUGCGCUCUACGGCUAGUUUUUGAUCAAGAAAGUUGCUUGUGAAAAACAGCAGCUCAAUAAUUUUUUACUUUUUUUUUUUGAUUUUUCGGAUGUUUUCUUUUAUCAAUUCAAUCUUAAUCCUUAGCCUGAGCCCCAACUCAAACAGAUUACUCUUUGUGGAGUUUCGAAGGAUUUUUUUAUAAUUUUUAUGUUGGCUGCGUAUACUUUUACUUUAUAUUUUUCCAUUUUCUUUCCCAGUGGCAGAAUUCGUGUGAAAAGACGAGCGUUUGUUUUCCGUUUGAAGUUUAAAACGAGGAUCGAUGAUCUGAUUGGAUCAGAAUGGCAGAAAAAUUGGUAGUGAUCAUUGUAGCUUCAAUAGUUUUGUUCCCAGUUUUCACGAAAAAAUCUCAUUUUUUCUUAAAUUUUCACGUGUGAGAAGAUCUUUUUUCAAGAGCUCCAAUAUGGGACUUUAAAGCUUGAAAAGGCGUCGGCCUCAUGUCGGAGCUAAACUCUAUUUGUACAGUGAUAACUAUCGAUUUUUGUUCCCUCUAAUCCAAUCAAUGAGUCGGACCAAUCAAACCAUUCAAAAAGCUCGGAUAGGGGAAAAGGGAAUUUCAGUGCGUCGUCUGUGGCGACCGCGCCUGCUCGCACCUCUACUACGGUGUGGCGGCGUGCCACGGUUGCAAGUGCUUUUUCUGGAGAACCGUCAAAAGCCGGCUGAACUACGUCUGCCGCUACGGGGGAACCUGCUCUAUCUCGACUAGUCAGUUUUUUAUAAGCUAAUAAGGGUUUCUCUUUAAAAAACAGUUCAAUCCCAGGAAACAAAGAAAUAUUUGCAUGUAUUCUGUUCAAGAACGAACUGUUGGAUUUCAACGGCUGAAAAUGUUCUUAAUACAUCUUCGCUUAGUGAGACACGAGCUUUUGAAAUUUUGAAAAUUUACGACAAAAUGUAUUUUGAAUUUUUGAAAAUCGGAGCGAACUUUCGGCACCUCUGGCUUCGCUUUUCUCAGUCUGCUCAAAAAUUAACAAUGCGCUUCAAAACUCCAAGAAUCUUCGAUUGCUUCCUUCAAGGAUUUUUAUUGAUCAUAGUUAAUCAUACUUUCACUACGUGUUACUCGGAGAAUCACUCAAGUUACCGUAAAAAGUCAUAUGAUCUUUUGUCGCCAAACAUCUCGCCUUCCUUUUUUUUUUAUAGACCCGGUUCAUGAAGGUUGUUUCUCCAGUAAUGGAAUAUAUCUAUUUUGGGGCGUUUUUUGUUUUUGCAAAUGAGAGGAUAAGGCAAUAAAAAGCGAAUUUGCUGAUAAACAAUUCUCUAAACUUUAUCGGCAAUGAAAAGAUGGGCGACAAACUUUUUUUGUUGCAAAAUUUGUGUCAUUUGAUAUCAGGAAGGGAUUAAAAAAGUAUUAAAGGUUCUACCGGAGAUUUUAUGAGCAAUGUGAACUUUAGGGGUCUCUCGUUUGAAAAAAAUCAAAAAAAUUUUUAUGUAAGGCCAUCAAAUGUCUCAAUGGUUUUUUUUUCGAAAGCGAACAUGAUUUUUUCGAAUAUUUCCAGUAUUUAAGUUGAAUUAUUUUUGUAUUUGUCUAUUAGGAAUAUUUUCAUUUUUUUAACUCGUAGAAAAAAAUGAAAAAGGUGUAGAAUUAUUAAAUCAGGAAAAAACCAAUCGAAAUGAGAAAUAGCGAAAAUAGAAGGCAUAACAAAAAUAAGAUCUUUGCAGAUAUAUCAAAAGCAAAACUGGCCAAAAUCGAAUGAUAACAGCAAAAAAUGACUCAAAAGUAGCAGAAUAUCAGAUGCUAUUCAAAAAAUAGAAGGAUCACAGCAACUAGAAUAGCCAAUUUUAAUAAAACGCGUGAUAAAUCAUAACCAAAAAGUGAUAUUCCGAAAAAAGGGAGCGAUACCUCGUGAUAAAAGAGAAAAAGGAAGUUGCAGCUGGACGAAACGCAUGCCGAUUCUGUCGCUUCAACCGCUGUCUCAAGGCUGGAAUGAAAAUGGAAGGUCGGUUUUGCCCCAAAUCAACCAUUUGCACCAAAAUGGGCUUUAUCUCAACGUGUUGAUAUAUUGUUUAUCAGUUUCCGGUGCGUCAUUUCCGCUCAAUUCCCCAUUUUUUUUGUCGCUGGUCCUUUUUCUUUUCUUUUCCAACACCCACACACAAAUACUGGCCAUAUAUAUACUCCCGUUUCCUGUCCUUCGGUUUAGUUCAAUUCCAGUCGAUUCGUUUAGUCGAGAAGACGGUCUUCUCGAUUUCUUCGAUUGAGACCAAUUUUUCCCGUCUUUUCUUCUGAAAAACAUUUAUUGGCUUCCAUUUAGGCUCUGUAGAUUUGAAGAAUAUGGAUGGUAUUAGGAUAAAUUUCGUUUUCUUUAGUAUAAAUGUUCAUCUGGAAAGUUUUAGGUCUUUGGGGGUAAUUCUUAUCGAAAGGCUCAUAUCGAAAAAUUUAAAUGCAGUUCAUAUUUACUUGAACAUAGGAAAGAAUCAACAUAGGAAAGAACAUAGGAAAGAAACGAAGGAAUUGUACCAUGUCCAAUCGAAAAAAAUUUACACAUCUUUUAAGUCAAAAUUUUGAAGGAAGCAAAAAGUUUAGAUAAAACUUGAAAUAAAUAACAUAAUUUUUUUAAAAAGUCACGGUUAGUUUUAUCUGUAUAUCAAAAAUUUCAAGUCUAUUUCCUCCCAUUUUUCGAACUUGUUUUUUCCUUUCCUAUUCUUCGAUUUUCUCAUAUUUUUUUAUUCAUCUCGCAAAGAUUUUGCGUUUUUGGUCUUUUUGUGAUUUUCAUUCUCAUUGUUGGUUAAGGUAAACAUUUGCCGCGAGGAAAAAAAAGAAGUUGAAAAGAAAGAAAAAAUAGAACUUUUGAGGGCAAAUGUGACAUGAAAUGUAUUCUUCGUCUUUCUGUAUCAUUUGGCGCAUGAGAAUAGAAAGUUGUGUUUGAUUUUCAUGGCUCUGGAAGUAGAAAAUGAAAGAAAAAAGCGAAAGUUCAUGAAAUAAAAAUAAUUUGCAGCCGUGAAGAUGGAUCGUAAGACACCGAAGACGAAGAAGCGCGAAAUCGACAGCGACGAGUUCGAUGAGCAAGAGAACAUUGCAACUGUUCGUUUUUUACAGAUUCCGAAAAAAAUUAGAUUUUAGUUUGUUCAUAGUAAUUUGGGUGUGUGUUAAGAAAAAAAACCUUUGAUUGACUGGAGAGAUCCAAUAUAAGUUUUUUUUUCUUGUAAUGAACUUUGCAAGAUUGGAAAGUCAAAAACAAAAGCUCUAUGGAUCAAGCCGAAUCGCUGAGAUUUUUCAACUAUCUAGGGUAACUUUUUUCGAUAAACACCAACUUUUGGCAAAUAGUUGGUAAAAAGAAGAUUUUUAGACAUUUCUAUAGUUUUUGUCUCAUGCUAGUUGUGAAUAAUGUCUUUUUUUUGAUAAUCUUAGUAAUAAUGAUAAGCAUAUUUUUAGCUCAGAAAUUGAUGGGUAGAUUCUCUCAAAAUCACAUCGCCAUUUUAUAACCGUCGCCUUCUGAUAUUGAAAGUUGCAGCCUGACGUGAAGCGGCGCAAGAUCGACAACCGCCUUCUCGUCUCGUCGUUGCUGCUCAUCGACAAGACGGCGUCGGACGGCAACGCCAAACGCGCCAACCUCCACAACGUCGAACCCUCGCUGGGCAACCUCAUCGAAGAGCCCGAGUUGCUCGACGGUUACCGCACGGAGGUCGGUCAUGAGAAGAAAAAGGAAACCAGACUUUGAACUGACUUUUUACUCUGCAAAGAAAGACUAGGUUGCUGUAGGCAGGCUUGUGCGAGGGCCAGCCCGAAGGCCUAGCGGUCCGACGGCCGUUUUUCAAGCCCGGCUCAGGCCUUAACUCAAUAGCGCGAAUUUUCAUCAAGUCUUACGUCAGAAUUUUACUUUUUUUCCUCAUCGAAAAGUCUGGAAAUUCUUGAUUGAGUAGUGAUGAAUUCAGAUGAGCUACUGCGCUACCCGGAUCGCGGACGAGAAAUCGUGUUAUGAGAACGAACGUCGGAUGGUUACUUGGGCAAUUGACUGGUGUCGUCAGGCGGCCGACAUGGAAGACAUCGUGCGCACGGAUAAGGUCUCUUUUUAUCCCUUUUUUCACUAAGCUGUUGUUUUUAUGGAUCUUUUAUCUGAAAAUUGGGCAAUUAUAACAAUAUUCCUUCACAGAUCAUUUUGAACCUUAACGAGGACUCUUUGAUCUAGUUUUGGUGAGAAAGGAUUAAAAUAUUAGUUUAAUUGAGUCUUCAAGAAAUAUAUGAAAGUUACUCUGUUUGGGGUAAAUUGAUCAGUAACUUUUUAUGGCUUCAGGGAGUUUAAAUCUGGGGAAAGAAAACUGAUUUCAUUUUUUGAAAGCUCAAACCUACGGUCCUAAAAAAAUAGCUAAAAGAUUAAACUAGUCCAAGAAAAAUUGACUUACGGAAACUUGUGGUGCUGACAAAAGAAAUUAGUUUUGAUCCUCAGGAGGUGGUACUGUCUUCAAUUCAGGAAAACUUGCGAGUUGGUGUUCAAAAAUGGUCUGCCCAUGUAUGCUCAAGGCACUUUUUUAGGUAGAAAAGUUAUCCAAGAAUAAAUAUAUUUUACGCAAUAAGGAAAAAUGAAUUGAAAAUCUACGAACUUGAGCAAUUACAAUUCAGUUAACUGGUCCAGCUUGUUUGCCUCUGAAAACAAAGUAAGCGUUUUCAAGUCCAUAAAUUGAAAAAAAAAAUCUGGUUUCUCAAGUUUGAAUUCGUUGAUAAUAUUCAUAACGAAGAUAGCUUAUAACUCGAAAACAAACGCAUGAUCUACGAACUUCAGACCGCGCUUCUGCGCUCGUGCUGCGCCUCGCUCACGCUGCUCGAACUCGGCGUGCAAUCCAUGGGCUGCGCUACGACCCAAGUUCCUUUGUGCAACGACACCUACCUGCACACCAUGUGUCAACCUCCUGCUAACUCGUUAGUUUCCCUCUUUUUGCUUUUGGUUUAGUUCCAAUUUCACAAUUUUCUGAGUAGUUUCUGCGUGGGAUCAGUAUCGUAUAGGCUGAAUAAAAAAUUAUUAGAAAAAGUGACAAAAAAGCAUUGCGAUCGUCAUCUCGAUUUGAAAUUUUCAAAAACUUAUUGCCCUUCACACUAUAGUCUGUGUGCCACGACUUGAGAUUUCACCGAACGACAUUCCGCUGUUCCGCUGCGUCGCGAAGCGUUUUUGCGAGCCUCGGUCUCGCUUUGAAUUGGUUCUCAUUUCUGAUAGAUGGACUAUUCCACUAGGAACACGUGUUGGUCGAGUUCUUAAGUAAAAUUAAAAAUUAAAAAGUGGCCGAGCACGCAGCGGAACAGCGGAAUGUCGUUCGAUGAAAUUCCAAGUCGUGGUACACAGGCUAUACCUUUAAAAAGACUUGUGCGCUCCAUGAGGAAUGGUUUAGUUCCACCUGAAACUGACCUUUUGGUGUUUAGAUAAUUAAAUCCAGUUCUGAAAAUUCUCAGUAAACCAUGGCCUGUUCCUUAGACCCAUAUUUCUCCCACUCGGCAGCUUCUCUGUAUUUUUUAUACAGCCCUCAUGUUCAGAUAAACACGCAAAACUUUAGGAAUAGACUUUAAUCUAUUUUCUCUCAGAUUCAUCAACUGGAAGACCCUGGAACAUCUAACCAAGUGGGUGCACAAGGAGCUGAAACCGCUUUGCUUGAAGCCGAAGGAGGCCGUACUACUCAAGGCCUUGAUCGUCCUCAACCCUGGUGAGUAUCGAGAGAGAAAAAAAAAUCUGGUGAAAAAAGAGAAACAACUGUUUUGCAUAGUUUAAUCUGGUCUUACUGUAAAAGAACGAGAGAGCCAUACGUCAUUUCCGGUCCAUGUUUGGGGUCGGAGAAGUUGAUAAGCCAUAAAAUUUGGGUUGAUAAGCUCGAUUUGCGUCGUUUCCGGUGCGUUUUAUGGUUAUGAGCUCGACGGUUUAUGCUCUUUUCGGAAUUUCGCUCUGCUGAUUUUGAGGGGAUGGUGGAAAUUUGAAAAAAAAAAGAAAGGUGUACGAAGUAGUUCUACAGAAGUUUUGAAAAUAUUUGAAGAUAUGAAAUAAGGAAAAAAGUUUUUCAAGUUAUUUCAUUUGUAUUGAUGCAAUUUAAAUAACUGUUGCUCAAGUUUAGCAUUUUUAAUAUUCACUCGGAACUCAGGCGCAACCUGAUGUUUCUCUGUCGCAUGCUAUUUCGUCGUUUUCUCGUAGUCAGAGAAGGAAGAAAUUGCACGCAACAGAGAAAUAUUAGGGCGCGCCUUGAGGCGCCACCGUUCAGAGCACUUUGAGUUCAAAGCAAAUUGAGUUGAGAAAACUAUCAAUUCCAUGUUUUGAAAAUAAGCAAAAAAAUUAUUUUUCAGAGGCUGUCGGCUUGUCAGACGAAGCUGUCCUGGCUGUGCGCGAACUGCGCAAAAGAGUCAACGCGGCACUCUUCCAACAGUGCCUCCAAACGAUGGAAGCCGCUGAGGCCGCCUCCCGUCUCGCCGCGAUCCUGCUCCUCAUUCCACAGCUUACGGUAGCUCUCCUCUGGAUUACAGUUGCUGCAACAAUACAACUUGCAGCUAAUGUCUGUGGACGUGAUCGAGCAGGUGCGAGUGCGGAGCACAUUCUCGAAGAACGGCCACGAGGGCCUCCUCUUCUGGUUGCUCUACGGCGACAUCUUCGACGACUACUCUAGCCUCGGCGAAGAUUCCUACUUGGAGUGAGUUUCGCAUCAGAAAAUAUGAUCCUAUAAAGAUGAAAAAUGCUUCAAAAAGCAAGGUAUUCUAGAAAGGUAACUUUAAGAUUUCCCUGAGACACGGUCUCUUGAAGUAAAAAUUUAAGAUCCGGAAAGGCUGAACCUGCGAAAUUUUCUAAGUUUUGAGUGUUGUGCGGAUCUUGACGGUUUUCUUGACUUUAGGACCAGCUUUCUUGAGAACUAGGAGAUUGUGCAGAUUAGGACCCUGAAAGGUAUUCAGCUGGUAGAUCAAUAAGUAUUGGCCAAAGUCUUCAAAAAGCUGCCUGAUUGAAAUUGAAUGUUUGCAGUCACUCGGCCUCGUGCAGCCCAACUGACAGCCCCUAUGCCAACGACAGUAGCUGACUAGCGAAGCGUCGCUCGUCGGUCGCCACGCCAACGUCAUCGGCGGCGACCGUCGGCGGAUACGAUCUCGACGAAGUCAAGUGUGGCGCCACUGUUCGUUUUUCUUCUUCAUAUCUUUUAUUAGUUCAAAAAUUACACUAGUUUUUUCUCGGAACAAGCCUGAGGGCAAAAGUAGAAAAAUACUCCGGAGGAGAUUUUCUGUUUGUUCAAGCUUGGAAACUUCAAACCUUAGAUUAGAAAACAGAUUAGGUCAAUUUUUCAAUCAUUCUUUUUGUUCUUAAUGAUUGUCAAACUUAACUUUUGAAAAAUCAUGUGGUCUCAUAAAAUCGUGUAGGCCUCACAUAGAGAAAAAUCAGUAUCGCCUUGUUGAAGCUUUAGCCAAUAAACUCUGACGAAACAAUUUUUCUCUACGUAAAAUUUAUAUUUCAGGCAAAUUACACCAUGCAGGACCAGACCGUCUGGCCGAAUUGGCAGCCCGCUUUCUUCUAUUAGACGCCUUCAUAUCCACCUUUUAUUUAUCGCCCUCUUUUUGUAUGUGCUCGAAUGGGGUCCGCAUAAUUCUUAUCUUUAGUAUUUUCCAAACUUCGAGUUGAUGCGCAGCCGAUUUCGCAAAAAACUUUCAAAAAAUCAGAGAAGAUAUCAAUUUUUCAUCAUUUCUGCGCAUCAACUUUCCCAUUUGAGCACUUGUUCCUUUCUCUCAUAGUACAACAAUUUCUUCCAACCGAAUUAUCUAUUUCGGCUUCCGAAAUUCGAAAACAAAUUUUCGCCCAAUGAAAAAGAAUGAGAAAAACAAACCAGUUGUUUGGACUCCACCCCCAAUUAUUUUUUCUUCUCCUUUUCGUUCCCUCUUUCUUCGUUUGUCUUUUUUGUCUUAGAAUUUACUUUUUCCUUUGAAAUUCAGGCUCCAGUUUUCCUAAGCUGUUACCUCGAACCAUUUUCGCUGUAAAUUGUAAACCACGCUUCUCUUUUCAAUUAUUCCACAUUCAUCCCCACGCAUUUUAUUUCUCUUACUGUUUUUGCCUCCUAAAUCAGUUUUUGUGUGAUCUUAUUCUGUUUUAGUAAGUGUUCUUAAAGCUGAUCAGCUUGGACGUUCUUCUUUUUUCACAACAUUGAAUCGUUAAAAUAAACUUUUCGUCGAGUUUGAGAGUGAAUUGGAACAGAAUUUUGAAAGUUUCAGAAAGUUUUCGUAUCUUUUGUGUAUCUGGAUCUUCAUUCAGUUUUUCCAGACAGGUUUGUCUUUUGAAAUUUUGAAAAGACUGCAGGUUGAUCUUCUGGUCUAAACACUAUUUGAAAAUCAAACUAAUGCCACUCCUAAUUUGGCAGCUUUUUUGGCUUAACCAGAAAGUUUGAAAUAGUGCUUUGAAGUUUCGUUAACUGACAUCAAAAUAUGAUUGCCGACGGAAAAUCGCUUCCAAUGGUAACUAGAACACCAAAUAAAAUCUAUAGGAAUCAUAAAAAAAGGUCCAGGACAAAGAAAGUUCGAAAAAUAGCCUAGCUAAAGGAAUUCAUGCGGUUCGAAUAUUUUCAAUUGAAGCAUUUAAAAAAAAAAACUCGAACAAAAUUUUAUUUGCCGAAGUUUCUAAAAAAUUCAAAAAAGUCACCGGAGGCCCAAAACAGUUGGACGGCUUCUGUAUAAAUAAUCAGAGGACGAGUUUCUUGGUAUGGUCUCGAAACAAGUCGGCUGGCCAUCGGCCCUUCUUCUCGUCUCUUACACAAUUUCCCAUUGUUUUUCUUUAUUUUCUGCCAAUAAUGCUUCGUUUGGUUAUUCCCCUAAUUCUGGCCAUUUCGGCCUCGGCCAAAGGUUGGGUUGGACCUUUUGAAAAAGAUAAAUUUGAAAGUUGAGUUUUAUUAAUAACCUUUGUUUUGUAGGUAUUGGCAUAACAAUAUUCGAUGCGACCAACUCUCGUUGGACAGAUUUGGAAAACGGCUGGAGGUACACGGUCUCCGAAGUCAAGGGAAUGUUGGACCACGUGAUGGAAGCCGAUGGAAGAAUCAUUCGGAUCUUUUUUGAAGGUCAGUUUUCAAAAAAAAAAUUUUUAUUUUUUCUUUAUUUUUUCGUUAGUUUUGCUUUUAAAAAUAAUCCGAACAAUAUCCUAUGGAAAUGAAAAAUCAGAAACUCCUGACAAUCAGAAAAAAAUAGGAAGACUCUCGUCUCGAAUUUGAGACCAAAGAUUCAUUUUGGCUUCGAAAAUCGUAAUUUCCUCUUUUCUUCAUUUUAAGGACAGGAAUUGUGGAGACCAGAUCGAACUUUGGCGAGUUACGGCGUCGAUCCUCGGGAUACAGUAACUGUUUGGCUGGACACUCCCACGACGGCGAUGGUCGACGAGAAUCCCUUCGGAAAGGAAGUCUCUGAAAAUGGAGACGUCGGAGAAAAAGAAAACCUGGCUAGAAACUGACUUUUGCAUUAGAAAAUUGAGCCGUCAACCUUUUUUCACUCUUUCGCAUUUUUUGUUGCUCCGAUUUUCAACUCUCAGCAUUCUAAUUUUAUAAACCUCACUUUGUACUGCAAUAUUUUGGACCUCAUUUCCUUCAAAAAAUUUGAUUGACAGCUUUGCGACAAGCUACUCUAGCCUCUUUAUUUCAAUUUCUAGAGUUUUUGCAAUUUCAGAUACUGUAAACAUUUGAACUAACUCUCCAGAUGAAUUUACUAAAGUUGGAUAAAUAUUAUGAAUUUUGAAGCGGCUCUUCAAGUAACAAAGAAGAGCUCAAAGUGGACGCGUUUCCGGCGAAACGUGUCCAAAUUAUUUAUCUAUUCAUUAAUUUAUGAAGUAUAAAUUACAAAUAAAUGUGAAACAAAUUACAAUAAAUGGGAAAAAAAAUCCUAAAAUGGGACAAAAAGGAUCUGAUUUUUUGAAUUAUGGCCCAUAUUUUGAGAAGAAAAACAAAAACUCGAAGAAAUCACGAAAUGAAAGCCCCGAAGGAACAAAAUAAAAAGUUUCGCGUUUGAUGGAGCCGAAAAUUUUGAGCCUACUGUAUUCACGGGGUCCGCAUACACUCGCAAACCUGUACAUGAAUUUUACGCGCAACUUUUUUAAUUCAGUUGUUUUGUUUUGUUUUUUUUUUUCAUUUUUCGAAGAUUUAGAAGAAAGAUUGUGAAGGUGAGAGCGAGGAAGUUUCCAGUUCGACGUCUGAACAUCAGUAAGUUCAACUUUUGUUUUUGAAAAUGAUUAUUCAAAAAUAAGAACUCAUUUUCUCAUCCACUGAAAGUCUCAAGUUUCUAUGUAACAAGGGUAGAAUUUAAUCGUGGAGACUUAUUCGCAUUUUGAAAUUUAUAUAUAUAUAUUAGAAAAUAUUGUCUUGAAGUUUCAUCUUUUUUUCAUCUUUUUGCAAAAAUUUUGACGAGGAGAAGUUUUUUUGAUAUCAAAUAUCUCUCAGUUUAGAUUAUACAUUUUCAAUUUUCGGUUUUUUUUUUGCAUAAGAAGGUUUCUAGCGAACUUUACAAUCGCACUCGUAGCCAAAAAUUGAUCUUUUUGCUGUCUGGGAAACUUCAAUCGUUAAUUAAGGCUUGGGAAAGGGGUUCUCGAUUGUAGUUUGUUUCUUCGGGUGUUGCUUUAAAUUGGGUUUUUUUUUUGACUGUAGUGAAAAACUGUUGAAAAGGUAAAUAUCUUUCAUGGUGGGCUUGUUUUUGGAAAAUAUAUUAAGUUUAAACAGAAAACUUUUUUUUCUGCGUUUUGGUGCUCUAAAAGCCAUUCCGUAAGAUUUAUUUUCUAUAGUCGAUCCACUGUUUACCUGCACCUCUAAACACGCCCCAGGAAAACGCUCAAAUUUUCAUUGUUCUCGAAUAUUAUAUCUGAAAGGCUACUUUUGAAAUAUCUGAUUUAUAUGGAAAUCGGAUUAUACUCCAAAUAACGAAGUUCUGUGGUUUUUUUUUAAAUUCACCUGAUUUCAAACUUUCAUUUUCGAAGUUUUCUGACUUCCCUUUCGAACAUUAUUUCCAAAACCUUUUGCAUCAGAAUAGUACGAAGUAAUUUUGUUUAUUUAUAACUAAACCAGAAGAGGAAAAAAAAACCAAUCAAGCGUACAACGUAAGUUAUCAGGCGGCUGUUAACACAAAACACUUUUGCCUGCCUUUCCUCCCAUUAAAACGCACUCGACGCACCCGACUCGCAUCAUUUUGCUCUGUUUCCAGCCUCUCGUUGUCUCCUCACACUCUUUUAUUCCUCGAUAUAAUAGAUCAGACUCGCACUCUCACACCUUUUUUUCUAUUUUUGGAGACGCCAGUUUAUGAAAAUGGUAUUGUCCACAUGGAUUAAUCCUAUCUAAUCCCUUUUUUGAUGUUGAAUCGAAUAUUUCCGAUAACUCAACCUAAAAAAAUAGCCCUUUUAAUCUCACAGACUUGACUACAAAAAUUCUCUAAUCCAAAACCCACGAAUUUCGAAAUUCGAAAAAAAAACUUUUUUUUUCAAUUUUUUCGAGUUUCCUAUUUUUAAUCUUAAAAAAAAAUCGAAACGCACUCUUAAACGCUUCAUUUUUUGGUUUAAUGCAUCGCAAAGUACCUUGAUAAUAGUCUAGACAAACGUUUUUCGGGUGAACUUUUCAUAGAACACUUAACUCGAAGGGUUUUUCAUUGAAACAACUUUUUUUAAAGAGUUGUUUCUCUGAAACUUUUUUUCUGAUUUGAUGUUUUUGUAAUUUAGAUUUUUCAAAUUGUUCCAUUUCUCAAGAACAAAAGAUUCAUUUUCUCAAAACCGUUAGGUCUGGAAAAAAUUCCAUUGUUUGCUCUCUUUUCAACGUGGAAUUCCCAUAUUGAAGCCUUUUCAAUCGCUUUCGCGUCAUUUCAAAGUCUCGUUUGGUCACUUUUGUUUAUUUUUGAGCCACCUCACCUUUUUCUGGUUUUUCAUUUGAUACUAAACUUUAGUACAGCAACUUCAGUUUUAUAUUUCAAGGUUCGAAAAAAAAAUCAAAGUUUCAAGGUCGUGUAUUGUUCAUGUUAUAGAAUAGGGCAGUGAAGUCAUAGAAGCGGAAUGUAAGCCCUUCCUCUUUUUUCCUUGAGAAUAUGAAUUCGUGGGAUUUAUUUUCCAGUCGGAAGAGUAUUGAAAUAUUUGCUCGGAUUUGCAGGCGCAAAGUUUUUCAAGUGGUUUUCGACUUUUCAUAAAUUUUUAAUAUUUUGAAUAUUUUGCUUUAGUUCACUGGAAAGUAUCCGUUAUUAGAUUUAAAAGAAUAUAAACUUCUUGAAGUCAGUGAAUUUGUGAAAAUUAUCAGAAAAAUCUGUGAAAAAAACAUUAAUUUCCCUUUCCUUUACUAGUAUCAUCUGAAUUCGAAAAAGUCCAUUUUAUGAUGAUUCCUGAUUAUUUUUUUCAUUCAUAGAACUUCGAACUUAUGUUUUUAACUUUUUAUAAAAGUUUUGUUCGUCUCUCGGCUUUUUGAAUUUUUCAUUGUUUUUUUUCUCUGCAGCCGUUGUUCUAAAGUUCAAAUUCUUCUAUGAAUAAUCAAUUUCUUCGCGCGCAUUUUUCCACGAAAAUGAGUUUUCCAUGACUUUCAUUGAUCAAAAGUUGAAGGCUGAAAAACCUGACCGAAAACUCCUGAAAAUUGUCAAUAAACACGGCGGAUUAUCACACUUUCUCCCGAAACCACAAGAACAAGAAUGAGGAAAGGAGGAAAAAAAGAACAUCACGUCACCCUUACACACCCUCGCAGCCGCCGUUUCCGAGCACCCCCGCCGUAUAUUUGAAUAUCACUCGACUUUGAUGCGAAGAGAAGAAAAUGAAGAACACGAUGUUUGCCGGCGGCCCUACGCUGUAGACUCUAUCAUUUUAUCUGUCGAGAUCUGGCAGAUCUUUGUCUUUUCUUCAUCAAUUCUAAAUAAAAGAGAUUUGACUCGAUGUUUUAUCUGUAUCAAGUGUUUAUCUUCUUCUUUUUUCGAAAAGAUCUUCUUCGAAUCAGUUGCUCAGACUCCGGUUUUGCUCUCCAGAUGAAUUGGAAGAUUUUUGAGUCGUAAGCGGUCCCUUAAGAGGCGUUUCUUUAGUAAUAUCCUGCAACAUUUUGUAAGUGUUUGAGGUGCUCAAAAAUAGAGAAAUUCUGUUCCUUUUUUUUCAUUAAAUUUUAAAUUUUCAUUCUCCUUUUUUUGAAUCUGUCUAAUCUGUUCAAAACCCCUAUCUGAAGAGAAAAAAAGCUUCCAAAAAAUUUGAAUUUGAUGUAAUUUUUUAGAACUUUUUUUUUCUUUCAAGUCAAGCUAUAUCAGUUGCGUAAACUGGAACUUUUUAUUCUAUAUUUGAGAAUGAUUUUUUUCUUUGAAUUCAUGUAAUUUUUUUAGAAAUUUUUUUCUUUCAAGUCAAGCUAUAUCAGUUGCGUAAACUGGAACUUUUAUUCUAUAUUUGAGAAUGAUUUUUCUUUGAAUUCACCUUGAGAAAGAUGAUCUUUGCUACGUGCGUGUAUUGGUUAGACUUUAUCCUUUGAUAUUUCUGGAUUUGGCAGAUCUUUGCCUUCACCUUCGUCAUUGGGACUUUAUUCCUGAAUUCCAUCUUUUGUUCGAAUUAUUUUCCAUCCCUUCCAGUCUUUUUCUUCUUCUUAUAAAAGAAAAUCAUCGAAGUUGAGCGUUCUUUUUAUUUUGUUUUUCUUUCGUUUUGAUUUAUUUUCAAUUUCAGCAGUAAUUUUCUUUUUACAGUUCUAGAAAAAAAAAACGAAACACCAAAAAUAGCCCUUAUUUAAAAAAUCCAUCGAUAUUUUUUUCCAUUACUAUAAGCAUGUUUGGAAGAAGGUUUCAGAACAAAGUUCGAGAAAAGUUUCGUUAAUAGACAAAAAAGAGCUUUUUUUUCAAUAGCUCUUUUUUCGCGGCUCAUUUUACCCUCUGCUCAAUUUUUCGCAGAUUUUCGAUUUUUUUAGAUACUCGCCGUUUGACCAAAGAAAGUCUCAGUAGAAUUAUUUUUUUAAAAAAACUUUUUUUCAUUAAGAAGACUCACUAGUCAGAUCCGAUAUUUGAAUAAUACCUGGCGUUGUCCACUUUUUUUGAAAGAAAAACCUUCAAUAUUUGUGAAUUUCGAGCCAUUUUUUGUGAAAUUUAUCCUUUUGAUUUUUUAUUUAUUUAUCUGUCUCAAAAAAAAAGAAAAAUUAGAAAAUCGAUAAACUGAAACGAAUCUUUGUAUGUACUUUACGAAAGAGAAAUUCAAAAUACAGAAGUUCAUCAUUUGUCAUGCUCACAAGUACAUCUCGAUAAGAUACCCCUAACAAGGACCUUAUCAAUAUCAAAAUUGAUAUGGCUUGAUUUUCGAACUUAUUUUAUCUUUAAACUCAUGAGAAACACGUAAUCCAAAAACCCGCAAAUAGUGCAAACAUUUAUGCUUUCAAGACCAAUUCAACUCCCUUUUGUGUCAAGUUUUUACCUUUUAAACAGCUUUUUUUUUGAAAAAUAGGAAUACGCGUCGAAAUUCCUAUUUUUUCCUUUCAAAGCUUUUUGCGUCCAGGUGAAAAUAAGUAGGAAAUAUGGCCAAAAGCUCGCAUGGAAAGCUAAUAAGCUGACAUAUGUACAUAUAUGGCCGGCUUAGUGUGGCCGCUUAACCCAUUUAUUCGCCUACUUGCCUAUUUUCAGCCAUUUUGUAGCAUUUCCAUGGUGUAAUGCGAUUUCAGAGGACGAAAAUGGCCAAUAAAUUGGUUAGAAACGUUUUUAUGUGCUCUUUUGGGCUUUGGCAAGUGGAGAUUUGUUUUUUUUUCUUUUGCUUUCUUACGCUGAAAAUUUGCUUAUCGAAGAUUCCAACUUCUUGUCGUGUUUGAUUUUUUUUUUUAGGAAUUUUCUUUUUCUAUACAUUAUAAUUGAGCUGUCAUUUGAAGAUAAAAAAAGACAUGAGAAAAUGUCGGAAUUCAUGGAAUAUGAAGGGAAUUGAGUCACCAAAGCCAUAAAGUCUUAAGCUUUUUCUCUGUUUUUUUGUUAUAUAGGAAGGCGGAAGUUUUCUGGGCUUAUUCAUCAUUGUUGAAUAUUUUUCUUCUCGUUUGUUUUUUUUUUGUUCACAGGAGCGUUUAAUAUUUUUGAAGUUAUCUUUAUUGGAUGUAUCUUCGAUUUGAUUCAAACUUUAUUUUUGAACAAUAGUAUUUAUUUUUUCUUUCCACUAGGAGAAGCUUUUGAAACUUCAAAUUUUAAGUUUCUUAUCUAAUAAAAAAAUCAGGUUCAUUUCUGUGGAUCUUGAGAAAAAAAUGAUGUCACGGAGAAAAUUCCAAAAAUUGAAGAAGAAAUUAUUUUUUUGUUCGAUUAAAAAAAUAAUAAAUUGGAUUUUUUUAUACGAGCCAAAAAGGCUUUUUUUCACCGUUUGAUUUCAUGUACGACAUGGAACUUUGGUAAAAUGGUGUCCUCCAGAAAUAGAAUUGCAUCAGAAUCAACAGGUCACAUGCCCUCACUUUCAUUUUUGUUCGAAAAUGAAAAAAAAAUCAUGAUUUAUGGCUGGGGAAGCUGUAAAAUCUUUUCCCAUGAUUGGUAUUUUGUGGAAACUAGGUUGAAAAGUUUCGAAACCACAAAAAUCUGAAAAAAAACCUUAUUGUAGUCCUUUGAAAUCAACAGUUCAAAUGCCCUCGCUUUCUUUUUUGCUUUUGCAAAAGCCAUGACCAGAGAUUCUGUAAACGUUUCCACAUGCUUGUGUUUUUAUGCUGAAUAUUUUAGAUUCAAUAUAAUCUGAGGAGAAUGUUUUAUUGUGGUCUAAAUCAAUUUAGAAUCAACAGGUCACACGCCCUCGCUUUCUGUUUUUUUUUUUCGCUCAUUUCCCGCCAUUUUCCAGCCGACAGGCCGCCUCCACUGAUCGUCGCCAUUUUAUUGCCUCCCCACACGCCCUGACGGAACAUACGCUUUGCUGAACAUUCAUUUAUUUAUUUAUGUUUUUUGUCCUUUCUGUCCUUUUCGUUCGGUUUUUCCCUGGUUAUUGCUCUUUGAAAAAAAAAUAAGAUGGCCUGAAUAUUGGACUAAUUUUGUCUUGGAAAUAAGAGAAACUCAUGAAACUAGAAAAAAAAAACUCCUUCAGUGACAUUAAAUCAAGGUCUUUUUAAAAAGUUUGUCCUCUGAGAAAUGGAUAAAAAAAUUGACAAGAUUCAGUUUUGAAAAUAUUUCAAGUUGACCUGUAGGCUACAAGUUCAAUGAUCCGUUCCAACAAAAAAUUAUCGCAAAGGUCAAAGUUCACCUGUUUUCUUUUGCUUCUUUCAAGGCUGAGACCGACUUUGAAUUUUAUUUUUUCAGCCAAACAGUUUUUUCGAUUAUUUUUUCUGAAAGCCAGACUUUUGCAGAACCUGUUUGAUAGAAAGUUCUUGAUAAAAACCUCAGAAUAAAGAAAAUUAUCAUCAUAAUUUUGUUAAAUAAAUCUGCUCCAAAAAAGCAUUAUGAAUGAAUUUCAACCUGUCAACAUGAAUAAUGUUUUUUUAAGUUAGGAGCUGUAAUUUAAAAAUUUUCUAGUUUUUUUGAUACUCGAUAAACAGUCCAUUAUUUCCGAAAAUAAUACCUCAUUUUUUGACUCCCUCUCUAUUUUAUGCGAUUUUUCCAUUAACGUUUUAUUUGUCUGAAAAAAAGAUUUAUUUGUUUUAAUUGAUUUCUUUCACGUGUACUUUGUUCUAAAAAUUUAAGCUGAAAGAAUAAUUUUUAAGUUUUAAAGUCACUCGUAUGAUUUUUCAACUCAGAGUCGUAACUUUAAAAAAACAUCUUCAAUUUUUUUCGCGUUUUGAAGUUUUUUUCGCUAAAAUUCAUUCUAGAGUUAUAUUGAAAAAUAUGUUUCCUACCCGAUUUCCUGUAUUUUCGGGCGAUUUCUGACGAAUAAUCUUCAAUAAUCCAAGCGUGACAAACCCAUAAAUUGCAACGUGAUUUUUUUGACAGAUCGGCCAUUCUGGUGAGACCGCACGGCGUGAUCUUCCGGGUGCUGACCUAUUUGCGACGUCGACCGCCAACCCCAACAGUCGCCGCCAUCUCGACGACGUCGUCAGCGAUGACGCACACCGACGGCGAAGACGUCCCCGCCGCGACCACUGCGAACCUGUUGGCCGUCGGCGACAACUACGAGAUCGCCUUCUCGCAGAACAAUCCGUCCUUGACGUGGAAGGACCGCACGCAGGAUUGCACUGACCUGAAGGUUUUCAGAGAGAAAAUUCAGUAGUUCAUAUAUUGUUCGUACAUCGCCAGUUUGAGAUAUCCAUUGAGGUAUUUUACAUGGCUAAAAAAGUCAAAAUCAAGAAUUUUUUUCGAAAGUAGUAGUUAGUUUCAAGCUAACGGAAACCUUCUGUUGUUUCUAAAAAAAGGUUUUUUUCAAUGCAAGAAUAAUUUUGGUAGGUACAAUUUUUUUCUGGUUUGUUUUGAGCCAAAUCGUAGGAGAAUUAAGUAAAAUAGAAAUUUUCGUAAAUUUAAUAUUGUUAAAGGCUUUCAUAUAUUAGAUAAAGUUGAUUCAAACCAUUCAUAAUACCCUUUCUUUAGGAAGUCUUUUCCAAAUUCGACUCGUCUGCUCCGAUCUGCAAUGAAAUUCUCUACAGAGCGCGAUUUCUGUGCGCGAAAUAUUUGGGCGGCGCUUGGCGCAAAGUCCGAGUGGAACAGUUCAGGAUCAGAGCCAUCACGUGAGAAUUUUCAAAAUCUCACAAACUUUCAACUUUUUGUACAGAGGAGGCAUGUCAAAUCUACUUUUCCUCGUUGAACUACCCAAAGGAUUGAGACCGGUGGCUUUGGAGCCGGAAAAAGCGCUCCUACGGGUUCAGUGUCAGAGCGACAUUGAUCAGCUGCUGGCCGAAAGCGUCGUUUUCACUCUUCUUUCUGGUUUCAGAAGAUUUUUGACAGAAUUUCCAAGAACAUUGGUUCAGAACGAUCACUGGGUCCGAAAUUGCUCGGCGUUUUCCCCGGCGGAAGAUUCGAGCAGUUCAUUCCGAGUCGGCCGCUGCAGUGCUUGGAGAUUAGCCAGAAAAGGUAUGAACAAUUUUGUGCCUUUCGAAAAAAAAAGCCUUUUUUUGUACGAAAAUGGGGAAACGUGAUAUUGAUGUCGAUGUUUUUCUAAGAUUGGAUCAGCCCUGGACUUUUCUUCAAUUUUCCGUUUUCUGGCAAGCCUAUUUUUGAAGGUUCGCGAGCAAAAUCGCGCCGAUGCUCGCCCGAGUCCACACCUUGGACGUCCCGAUCACCAAGGAGCCCUCAAUCAUGGACACGGCGAGAAGUUGGCUGAAAAGGUUCCGACAGACCAGAGCCUCACUUUCUCCCAUCGAACUCUACUUGACCAAGGCCAAAUUGGAAGAGUCUGAGGUGCUUUUGAGAUCUUCGAAAUGAGUUUGAGGAGAAUUUCCAGUACCCCAAAACCUUGACCGUCGAUGAUCUAGAAAAGGAGCUCGAUUUUGUCGAAUCUUUCCUCGAGGCCAGCGGCAGUCCAGUCGUCUUUUCCCACAAUGAUCUGCAGGUUGGAAUGGAUUUAGUAGGAAUUGUUCUUUAGAUCGUUUUUCUCAUUCUGAAAAUGUAUUAGGAUUGUAAUAUUUUCUAUAUAAGCCUUAUGAAAUUUCUAAUCAAUAUGUUAUUUCUUAGAGUCUUUUUAGGAAGGCAAUAUUUUGCUAAUGGAUGGCUAUGAGGUGAAAGAAGACGGGAAAGUUGUGGCCGGGGACGGUUACGAAAAUAUCGAGGAGCCUCUGACUCUUAUCGAUUUCGAGUAUUGUAGUUAUAACUACAGGUAGAUUGAUAUUAUCGCGUUUCUAUCACAUUUUCCGGUUUUCAGAGGCUUCGACCUUGGAAAUCAUUUCUGCGAGUAUGGAUAUGAUUAUAGCGUCGAGGAGUCGCCAAAUUAUACGGUUGGUUUUAAUAAAUGAAUAAUUUCAAAAAGAAAAAAAGAAAAACUUGAACGAGAUUUCGUUGAAAAAACGAAAUAUAAUAUUGAAAAAAAUUAAAUCGUUUAUUCCGUGUAUUUUCUUCAUUCCGUGUAUUUUCUUCACUCGAAGUGGUAGCUCUCUCAGUCGGCCGAGGCUACCCUAGAGUGUACACGGAGUCCGUGCCCGAGCCCCACCAUCAUCGCCGUGCCCGUACAAGCGAAACUGAGGGAUCAACUUGUGGAAGAACGAGGCGAAGGACCGUAAGAUCAUGCUUUCAAUUCAAUCGACUACACGUUUUGACUUCUUUUUUUCGCCAAAGGCGGUGUUAGUGCCGCUCAAAAGAGCAAUUUUUUUCACCGCCUAGUCGAUACCAUCUGACUAAAACAACCAAUAAAUAUUGUAUUGUAUAUUGUUUACGAAAUUUGGCUCUUAAUUUUGAAAUUGGAAAAUAGUGAAAAGCGCGUUUUCAGAUUCAUCAAGAAUAUUUCAAAGUUGAAAAGGAACGAGAAUUGUUUUGCGAAGCGUAUUUGGAAGAAGUUUAUCAGGUUUGUUGAUAUCUGUUUGAAAAAUCAUUUUUUCUUUCAUGAGUUCUAAGAUUCAAAAAGUCUCGAUAACAACAUUUUUCAGCUGAGAGAUUCUGGAGAGAACCCGCAUUUUCCGUCGGAUUUGGUCACCGGCGAUCGGUCCAAAGACCUGUAUCGGUUGAAACAGGAAACUGUACUUUUCAUGCCGGUUUCAAAUAUUUUCUGGUCCUGCUGGGCGCUGAUCAAUGCGGAGGUUCGAUAUAAACAUCAUUCCUAUAUCUAUUGAUUACUUUUUCAGGAAUCCUCCAUUGAGUUCGACUACAAAGCCUACGCUCGCGACCGGAUCGCCUUUUAUUUCUCGCAGAAAAAAGGUCUUGAAAAGUUUAUGGCUGAGAGGAAUUGAUUCCGAAAUCGUUUCACCAUCUCCGUGCCUUUCGAAAAAAUCGCCUUUCUCUACGAAAAACUAUAUCGCUUAUGUAUGAUAUCAUAUCUUUUUAAUCCCCUUUUUUUUGUAUGACUAACAUUCCAACUUUAUUGUUUUUCAUCCAAAUUGAUCGAUUAGUACAAAAUGAAUAAAAAAACGUGCGUAUAAGUUAACCGGUUCUAGCGAUAUGUGCAUUAUUAGAAUAAUUUAGUGAUUUUUCUGCGCCGAGUUGGAAUUAUCCAUUCCGAGUGCGGUCGUUCCAACUCCACGAGAACAAAUUGGAUUAAAACAAAUAAAUAGGUCUAAAUAUAUGUACGUGAGGUGCUGGCCGAACAGUUUUUCUACAAUUUUUUUUUUUGGAUUCUGUGAAGUUAUUUGCUAUCAGCUUUUGGCCAGGUUUUCGAUAGUGUAUCUGUUCAGGAAUCGUUGCUGUAUUUCGAAGGAGCUAA